AUGACAGAGGAGAGGUGUCCCACAAUGGAGCAGUAUGUUGGUGAAAUUAAAGGUGGCCUGAGACCAGCCAUGAAGCUCACGGUCAUUGGGGUGGUACACUCCAACCCAAAGAGCUUUUCAGUGACUCUGCUCUGUGAUCCAGUAGAUACAAACAAAGAUGUUGGGCUGUUAUUUACAGUAAACUUCAGUGACAAAUCCAUCACCCGAAAUGCACGAAUUGCUGGGAAAUGGGGAAGAGAAGAGAAGACUAUUCCUUACUUCCCAUUUAUGGCAGGUGACACAUUUAAGAUGGAGCUCUUAUGUGAACACCAGCAAAUACGAGUCUUGCUUGAUGGACGGCAGCUCUGUGACUUCACUCACCGUGUUCAGCCCCUGAACUUAGUGAAAGCUUUGCAGAUCACAGGGGACAUCAAGCUUACCAAAGUGGCUUGAAAAAAAGGAGACCACAAUAUCACCAGAGGACAGAGGCAAAUGUACUUUCUCCUGUCUGAGAAAAGUUUUGUCAUUUUCCCCUGGCUGAUUCUGGAGUGUGGGAACUGUAUCUUUU